AGUUGUACACUUUCUGUCUGACCAGUGAUGGAGAGAAGGUGAUCCAGUUUCCUCACACCUAGAGAAGAAGACUUACAGAUUAUGGGGAAUUCAUACGCAGGACAGCUGAAAUCCUCUCGCUUUGAAGAGGCAUUACACAACUCCAUCGAAGCCUCACUGCGCUCUAGCACCGGAGAUCCUCAGCCCAUUUUCACACAGCUUUACCUGGAGCCAGAUCAGUACACACCCAACCUGGAUGACAUUAAAUCCAAAAUGGACUUGAGCCUCAGGUCCGAUGGAGGGGGUCACAUCCUGAUGAACUGCCAGUCAUCUAGCGGCCUCGACGAUAUAGACGACGAUGACGAAUCAGACAGCAGCAGCCCUCCGCUGCCCUACCUGCAGGCUCCGCCCCCUGAUGGCUGCUGCACCAUAGACGGAUUCUGUCAGGCAGGGAAGGACCUCCGCCUGGUUUCCAUAGCGACAGAGUCCAUCGACGUCCCGCCAGGGUUCGAGCUGGUGGGCGCCAAAUCUCCCAGCAUUCCUGAGCACAUCCUGGUGUGCGCCGUGGACAAGCGCUUCCUGCCGGACGAGAACGGGAAGAACGCACUUUUAGGGUUUUCAGGGAGCUGUGUGGGCUGCGGUGAGAAAGGUUUCCGCUACUUCACCGAAUUUUCCAACCACAUCAACCUGAAGCUCAGCACGCAGCCCAAAAAGCAGAAGCACUUAAAGUACCACCUGGUGAAGAACUCGCAGGGGGCGCUGUGUAAAGGCACACUCAUCUGCUGGAAAGACUGUAAGACGAGACAGUUCUCCAGUGUGUCUUCAUCCAAACCAGGCUCAUCAUCCUCACUGAGCAGCAAAGAGAACGGAGGAACCAGCAGCCACAGUCCAUCCUCCUUCUCCCUCACAGAUUCCCCUCCAGCACGAGGACAGUCCAGUUCAUCUCCAGGAAUUUUUGGGAAUCCAGAAGUCACACGUGAAUGCAGCUUCCUGAAACCUCUCAGCACCACGACACACACCACUAAAGCUUUACCUAUAGUACCCACCGCUCUGCGUGUUAACGGCCAGACGAAUGGUUUAAAUGUGGAAAGCCGGCCCAGUCUGCUAAGCCCCAGCCAUACAAACCCACUGGCCAUGCCCACACAUGGCUACCGGCCAAUCAAACAAGGGGACGGUCCAGUAUCCUCUGCCAUGGCAUCAGGGCCUCCAAAAAAGCGUCACCGUAGUUGGCACCCUCCUCCGGUGAUGCCUGUUCCUGCCACUGCAGUUCCAGUCCCUGCGAUUCGCCCACUGCCCUGUGGUACAGUCCCAGGUUCGCUGCUCUCCCUGACCAAUCAGGCGUCUCUGUCAGCAUCUGGAGUCAUACAGCCUCAGCCUAUCACAGCAGGAGAAACCGUGAUCGUCCCUGAUAACCUGCUGAACACCUGCGGGGUUCGACCAAUCAUCCUUAUCGGCCAAGGUGCUCUGCCAUACUUCUUUGGGAAUGUGUGUGAUGUGUUGGUGAGCCCCCUGCUGGCCAGCUGCUAUAACUACAGCCAACUGAGUGAGAAGAGCCUGGUCACGCUGGGAGUGUCGCCGAGCCAAAUCCCCACUACCGAGACACUCAUCCUGCUCACACUGCAGUACCUCGCACGCCUCGGUUCAGAGCAGAUCCCCAUGCGUGAGGAGUUUGAGCAGAUCGUUCUGAAGGCCGCAGUGUGUGGCGCUGCCGUCCCCCCCAUCAACGCCGUGCAGUUGCCGUGGCUAGCACGCGUCGAGGCAAGUGUGUCAGGUGGAAGUGUCCAGGUUCUGCUCGCUCAGAGCUCUCUGGGUGAGGGAAUCGCUGAGACGCUGCGCUCACUCAGUGAAAGCACACACCUGCAACCGCAACAAGCGCAACGGCUGCCCAACUAUAUCCUGAUCAUCCACACAUCAGCCACCGCUGGAGCCUCCGAGUUCUGUGUCAUGGUGCUCGGUAAAUACCAGUCGAGGGCGCUGGCUGAGGGAAUGCUCACCACAAACGAGUUUUUAAAGGAGAUCAGCUACGAGCUCAUCACGGGGAAGGUUUCUGUCCUGGCUUCACACUUCAGCAACACAUCACUAGGUGAUAAUCUGGAUAAGGAGAUGUUGCGGUAUCAGCGGAGAAGGAAGCAGCAGGCCGAGCUCAGUGACUCCGUUCACUCACAGGAUGAAGCAGACAUGAAAGUUGACACAGGGGCAGAGCCUCUGAGUGAGGCAUUUCAGAUUUACCCCCCACAACUGACUGUGGCUCGGAGUCUCCUCUCUCUGGUGUGUGGUAUCGCAGACUCGAACAGCCAGACCCUCGACCUCGGUCGAUUCUGCAAGGUUGACUUCCUAGUGCUGGUGCCUCCAUCAUACGUCCUGCUUCAUCAGACAGUCAGACGCAUCCACCAGUCAGGCGUGCUGGUGGACCUGGGGAUGGAAGACACCUCCUCAGCCCAACAAAAGGCAGAUAAGUAUGUAAUACGUCUGGACAACGAGGUACACACCAAAAUGGAAGCUUUCAUGAGAAAAGUGAAACAGAACCCAUACACGCUCUUCGUCCUCAUCCACGAUAACUCGCAUAUUGAUCUGACCAGUGUGAUGUCUGGCUCCGUCUCUCACGGUGAUCUUCAGGGAUUGGCUGAUCGUGUGGUGAACUCACAGGAGGUUUUAGACGCUGAGAAUCUGCUGCUUCUUCAGGUCACAUCCUUCCCAUUCACACUGCAAACGUGCUACUCACGCAUCAGCAUCCACAACGAAGUGCACUGGCCCAGCAACCACAGCCUGCAGGGGGUGCUGUCACCAAAGGACCUGGUGUAUUUCGGGCUGAAGGAGUACCGGCAUUCGGUGCAGUGGGGUGUCUCCAGUCCCAUCCUGCGCUGUGAUGAUGCCUUUGAGAGGAUGGUCAACGCUUUGCUCCAACGUCACCCUCAUCUGCACAGCAUGGUGAUCCGGAGCUACCUGCUGAUCCAGCAGUACACCGAAGCCAUGAUGGCACUGACAUCUUGUCCAGCACUGAGGGAUCACGUCACGCCGCAGACGCUGGCCAUGGUGGAGGGUGUACUGAGCAGCACUGGGCGGGGUGGCAGGGGGCACAUGCUGCUGGUGCGCGUGCCCUCACUGCAGCUGGCGCGAUUGGCACGGGAGCGACUGGAAGAGGCACAACACAAACUGGGGCUGGAGCAGAGGUUUGCCGUGGUGCUGGGAGGACCGACGAAUGAGAUCAGCCUUGCACCGCACUUCUACACACAGCUCAGGGCAUGGAGACAGUGUGAAACUGAAGACUGGGUUCCUGUCACCUAUGAGGAUCUGGAAGAUUUACCCUGUAUCAUCAUUCUCACUGGGAAAGACCCUUUGGGGGAAACAUUCCCCAGGUCUCUAAAGUACUGCGACCUGCGACUGAUCGACUCCAGCUUUCUGACCCGCACAGCUCUUGAGCAGGAAGUAGGUGUGGCCUGCUCCUACGUCACACGUGGUAUAAUUCCUGACACUGUGACAAUGGCAGACAAAAGGGCGGGGCUGAAGGAGGAAGAGGAGGAUGAGCUAGAGAGAAGCGGUGGAGGAAUAACAGAAUCUGACGAACUGCAGCUGGAGCUGGACAGACCCCCGAGCAAUAGCAGUGCCGCAACCCGAGCCUCCGGUCAGACCCUGAGAGCCAGAUAUCUAACAAGCUCUCUUGCAGAAAAUGGCGUGAGCUCCUCUGUGGUUCCUGACUCGUCCCACAAACCCUGUUCUGUUUCCUCCUCCCACCCUGAAUUGGCCAAUAGCAGCUCCUUUAACUCCUCUCCUAAUCAUGUCAAGCAGGAGUGUGACUCCCAGUGUCCCGGGUCUUCGUCCUCUUCCUCAUCCUUUUCCUUGUCCACCUCUCCCAGUUCCCAUCGGCCGAGCCAGUCCACUCAGGCGAUCUCUGGGGGGAGUAAAUCAGCACCACGAGUCUUCGCCCGCACAGUGGUUCUGUCCCGUGCUGCGUAUCGGCUCAUCGCCCCUGACUCUGUGGAUCAGCCCAGCUCGGCUUGGCUCCUCCCUCACGGGGACGUGGAAUGGAUCGGAGCACUCCGGCCCCCUGUCCCACAGCAUGGUGAUGCUGCUGAACAGUCGCUCUAUUACCGCCAGUGGACAAAGGCACGGCCGCAGCAUGCCGAUUACAGUGCUGCGGGCUCCGCCCACCCGAGGAGACUCCUACUGAGUGGACCACCACAGGUGGGUAAAACGGGUGCAUAUCUGCAGUUUUUGCGGAUUUUGUUUCGGAUGUUGAUUCGUCUGUUAGAGGUGGACGUUUAUGAUGAGGAAGAGCUGGAGGAAGAUAUUACGACUGAAGACGCCAGUGCUCCUGUGUCCAGCGGCCUACCAUGGCCUGACCUGGAGGAGAUGCAGAAGAUGACCUUUGACCUUAACCCUCGUCAUCCCAAGUUUAAGCAGUGCAGCGCAGUGUAUUCAGGCAGGAAUCCACUGAGAUUAAACGGACUGAAGCAAGAGGAGUAUGACGAGAGCGGUGAGAUGAAGAGGAAGACGGUCUCUAUCAGGCUCAGCAUGUUUGCAGCCCAUAAUGCAUUUCAUCAUUGUGAACAGUGUCAUCAUUACAGCGAGCCUGGCCCUGCACGUCCAUUGUCCGACUGCACCUUCCACGCCUUCUCAUUUUGCUCAUCCAUGCUUGGUGAGGAGGUGCAGCUCCACUUUGUGAUCCCGAAGAACAAAGAGCACCACUUUGUCUUCAGCCAGCAGGGAUGCCAGCUCGAGAGCAUGAGACUUCCUGUCUUCUCCGACCAGGAUGGUGUAAAGAGUACGAUUUUCACCCCCACGACAGGCCGGCAGGAUCUGGGUCUCCUGAACCUGCACCACGCCCUGGAGGGGGCACUGCACCUCCACAUCCUGGUGGUGAAGCAGCAUGAGAUGGCACUGUACAGGAAGUUCUGGCCCAACCAUGUCCUCCUAGUGCUACCCUCCAUCUUUAACAACUCGGGAGUGGGAGCGGCUCGCUUCAUGAUUAAAGAACUGUCAUAUCACAACCUGGAGCUGGAGAGGAACAGACAGGAGGAGCAGGGUGUUCAGAGGCAGGACAUCUGGCCCUUCAUCCUCAUCAUGGAUGACUCGUGUGUGCUAUGGAACACCCAUAUCCAGAACAGAGACAGCUCAGUGGAGGUGUGUAAUGUAUCCCUAAAGAGUGUGUUGCUGCACAUGGAGGCGACUCCAUCACUCUCUCACUACGCCAUGUGUGGCGUGAGGAACUGGAGCAGUAAAACCUCCACCUUGUUUCUCGGUGCUGCAUUUAGCCGCUGCCAUCUUCACGACUUCAUCCUGCUCAAUGUGGACCUCACUCAAAACGUCCAGUACGACCUCAACCGCUACACAUGUGAGGAAGUGGACUUUAACCUGAGGGUGAACAGCAGCGGGCUCCUGUUGUGUCGCUUCAACUGUUUCAGCAUCAUGAAGAAACACAUCCCGACUGGUGGCCACCAACACACACUCAUCAAACCCAAAGUCACGGCGGUGGAGUCUCCUUCCCCGGUGUCCAGCUCACAGUUUGUGUGUGCGCCAGACAGUGUGUGUCCGAUGUUGGACGUUCCGGCUCAGCUCCUGCUUGAGAGAUUCCUGCAGCGCUGCAGCACAGACUUGUUCCCUCACGCUCUACACAGCUACACACACCCCGUACUCGCCAUCGACACCUACCUCGACCUCGGGCCUCAGUUGGCAGUGUGUUACAUGAGCUCCAGGCCUCACUCAGUGAACCUGGACCACAGUGGUGUCAUGUUCAGCGGACUGCUCCUCUACCUGUGCGACUCCUUCGUGGUUUCCGGCUUCCUGAAGAAAUUCCGCUUCCUGAAAGGUGCAACGCUGUGUGUGAUCUCUCAGGACCGAAGCUCUCUGCGCCAGACGAUCGUGAGAUUGGAGCUGGAGGACGAGUGGCAGUUCCGCCUACGAGAUGAGUUCCAGACAGCCAACUGCAGCGAGGACCGUCCGCUUUACUUCCUCACGGGCCGCCACAUUUAACAACCAGAAAAAAAAAUCAAUAUUUCUCUUCAUCCUGAAGUAUUAACACUAAAGCUAACAGAGGCGUGUGAAUACGCAUCAUGAGAAAAGAGACGUGUGUUGACGGAUGGAUGGAUGGAUGGAUGGAUGGAGAUCUUUAUCCUUAACUGUGAAGAUUGUACACGGUGGCUCUUGUUGUGUCAUUCGAUGGAGAAAGGACUCACUCGGACACACCGAGGGCCACAGAGAAGAUGAUUGUAAACAGGGCUCCAUUUUGGGAUCCCAUCUAUGUACCUCAUGGAUGUCGGCUUCAUCUCAGGGUUUUGUUUGUUUUUGUUUUUUUCUCUGGUCACGAGGCAAAAAAUCAGACUUUGUUACUACUGCUUUCAUUUUUGUCUCUCUCUCUAUGAUAAAUAUCUAUAUAUAUUGUAUAUUGCUCACCAAAGUUUUGCUAACCUACCAAGGACGAUUAACCCCAAAGAUCCAGAAGUUUGCUAACCAAAAACUGUAAGAUGUACCACAUGGACAUGGACACAAACCUCUCCUCAUAGCUGGAUGCAAAUCUUGACAAU